AUGUCGGCCAAAAUCGAAAAGAUCAUUGUGCGCCUGCAAGAAAAAAUCGCUGAAGGCCAAUUCUACGAAGCGCAGCAACAAACCCGCGUCGUCGCCGCGCGGUACAUCAAAUCCAAGACCUGGGACGCCGCCAUCGACAUCCUGUUCUCGGUCUCGCAAUCCCUUCUCAAAGCAGGCCAAGGCGGCUCCGGAGGCGAUUUGGGCAUCUUCCUGAUCGAUGUGUAUAAGCAGGCGGAGCUGAGGCCUGAUGCGGGGAAUAAGGGGAAGCUGUUGGUGUUGCUCAGGUUGUUUGAUCCGGAGGAGCCAACGAGGAAGACGUUUGUUGGGGAGAUGAUUGGAUGGUCUUCCAAAUGCGGCGAUUACCCUGCUGGUGAGCCGGAAUUGCAUCAUGUAGCCGGAUCUCUGUAUGCAGAAGAGCACGAUGCGUAUGAGGCUGAACGACACCUCACGCUUGGAACGAAGGACUCUCCAGAUGUCUUCGCGAAGCUGGAAUAUGAAUGGUACACCCAGGACGAUUCUCACACCGCGGCGUUAUAUGCCGCGAGAGCGGUGUUCCCGUACCUACUUGUGGGCAAUGUGAGGGAUGCGAGGAAGUCGCUGAGGUUGUUUACCAGUCGAUUGACGGAGGCGAAUACGGGGCUGGCCGUGCAGGAUGUGAGCAGCACGGCUUCGGAUAUCAAGAUCUAUCCUAGCUUGCCGUUGCUCAAUUUCUUGGGCUUGCUAUUGCUGGCUGUGCAGAAGGGCACUGCAGAUCUGUUUAGGCAGUUGAAUAAGAAGUAUGCGGAGCAUAUCAAGGAAGUAGGGAUCUGGGACGAGGCAUUGACCUCCGUGGGUGAGAUGUACUUUGGGAUUCAGAGACCGAGACAAGGGAAUCCGCUGCUGGAUAUGAUGGGAAGUAUGUUUGGCGGUGGAAUGGGGGGUGCUCCUGCAAAGCAACAGCCAAAACGUGUGGGUACUUCAGCUCCAGCUGCUGAAGGUCUAGACUAG